AGCUCAGAUGAUCUCUGCAGAAGAAAUUGAAGAUGGUGGUUCUGGCUAGCCCCUCCCUUCUACCUGGGGAUUCAAAUAACUAGGCUUCAAGGCAAAUUUCUUUUUCCUUCUAAGAUUUCUGGAUUUAGAAACGCCAGUGGCAGCAGUAAUGGAUUUCUGAGCCAAGACUGCAGUCUUUUGGGCUUUUCUCCUACUUCCCCGCCCAUGUAAAAACCCCAGUCAGGCUUUCGAGUGAUAUCUCCUAAGUCCAAUCACAGGCGGCUGCUUCUCCCUGGCCACCGCCCUACUCGCCCUGAGGUCCCCAAUAACUGCUCAGAAAGGUCGGGUUUAUGCAGUCUAGUAGCUAAGGAAGGAUCCCUUGAAGGCGAUCUCCUGGAGGGAGGGACGGGUGAGAUUUGGUGUGAAGAAUGCUCUCUACUAGGUGUCUGCGGCGGAAGUGAAGAACUUGUAGGCUACAUCCCAACUGUGCGGCAAAAGGACGCCCAAGGUCUAGGUGUUUAGUAUAUCCUGACUACAUAUGACUAACUUAAUGAAGCUCUUUUGGAGUUGAACCUAAGCAUUGUUGCAUGCAAGAUGAAGAUGUGGUUUUUGAUUAGUUACCUAAUUACGAUGUGCUUCAUAUCCUGUCUAGCAGUUGCAGAAGAUGGCAAAGGAUUUGGACCAAUUUUUGAAGAGCAACCAAUUGAUACCAUUUAUCCAGAAGAAUCACCAGAUGGAAAAGUAUCAUUGAACUGCCGGGCACGAGCUAGCCCCUUUCCUGUUUACAAAUGGAGAAUGAAUAACUGGGAUAUUGAUCUGACAAAUGAGCGCUACAGCAUGGUAGGAGGUAACCUGGUAAUCAACAACCCUGACAAAUUGAGAGAUGCUGGAAAGUAUUUCUGCUUAGCUUCAAAUAUCUAUGGAAUGGUUAGAAGCACUGAAGCAACUUUAAGUUUUGGGUAUCUUGAUCCUUUUCCACCAGAGGAACGAGUAGAGGUAAAAGUGAAGGAAGGGAUAGGCCUUGUUCUUCUGUGCGAUCCUCCUUACCACUUUCCAGAUGAUCUUAGCUAUCGUUGGCUUCUAAAUGAGUUUCCUAUAUUCAUCACAAUGGACAAACGACGAUAUGUGUCUCAGACCAAUGGAAAUCUCUAUAUAGCAAAUGUAGAAGAAUCUGAUAGAGGCAAUUAUUCAUGCUUUGUAUCAAGUCCUUCAAUCACAAAAAGUGUAUUUAGCAAAUUUAUCCCACUCAUCCCUCUUUCUGAUCGCACAACAAAACUCUAUCCUGCUGAUAUCAAAGUCCAGUUCAAGGACACAUAUGCACUGAUGGGCCAUAAUGUAACAUUAGAGUGUUUUGCCCUUGGAAACCCUGUUCCUGAGAUCCGGUGGAGAAAAGUUCUGGAACCAAUGCCAAGUACAGCUGAGAUAAGUAUGUCUGGGGCAGUUCUUAAAAUUUUCAACAUUCAGCUUGAAGAUGAAGGCACUUAUGAAUGUGAAGCUGAGAACAUCAGAGGAAAAGAUAGACAUCAGGCAAGAAUUUAUGUUCAAGCAUUUCCUGAAUGGGUAGAACAUAUCAAUGACACUGAAGCGGAUAUAGGCAGUGAUCUCUACUGGCCUUGUGUGGCUACAGGCAAACCUAUCCCUACAAUCAGAUGGUUGAGAAAUGGAUAUGCGUACCAUAAAGGUGAGCUGAGACUGUAUGGAUUGACCUUUGAUAAUGCUGGAAUGUACCAAUGUAUAGCUGAAAAUGCACAUGGAGCUAUAUAUGCAAAUGCAGAGCUCAAGAUUCUGGCCAUGGCUCCCACCUUUGAAAUGAAUCCUAUGAAGAAGAAGACCCUAGCAGCUAAAGGAGGACGUGUUUUAAUUGAAUGCAAGCCUAAGGCUGCACCUAAACCAAAAUUUUCAUGGAGUAAAGGAACGGAAUGGCUUGUCAAUAGUACUCGAAUUCUCAUUUGGGAUGAUGGUAGCCUUGAAAUCAGGAACAUUACAAGGGCUGAUGAAGGCACUUACACAUGUUUUGCAGAAAAUAACAGAGGAAAAGCUAAUAAUACUGGAACUCUAUUAAUUACAGAUGCCACAAGGAUUACUUUGCCCCCAGCUAAUGCUGAUGUCACUGUGGGUGAGAAUGCUACCAUGCAGUGUGCUGCAUCCCAUGAUCCUGCAUUGGACCUCACAUUUAUUUGGUCUUUGAAUGGAUAUGUGAUUGAUUUUAACAAAGAAAAUAGUCAUUAUAUGAGGAAUUUUAUGAUAGAUUCCAAUGGGGACUUGCUUAUUAAAAAUGCCCAGCUGAAACAUGCUGGACGUUAUACUUGCACUGCUCAGACAAUUGUGGAUAAUUCCUCUGCAUCAGCAGACCUUGUUGUUCGAGGCCCGCCAGGUCCACCAGGGGGUGUGAGAAUAGAAGACAUUAGAGAUACUUCUGUUGCACUCACAUGGAGCCGUGGCUCAGAUAAUCAUAGUCCAAUAUCUAAAUAUUCUAUUCAGACCAAAACUAUUCUUUCUGAUGACUGGAAAGAUUCUAAAACAGAUCCACCAAAUAUUGAAGGGAAUAUGGAAUCAGCAAGGGCAGUAGACCUAAUCCCAUGGAUGGAGUAUGAAUUCCGGGUAGUCGCAACCAAUAUUUUGGGAACAGGAGAGCCCAGUUUACCAUCAAACAGAAUCAAAACAGAGGGUGCUGCACCUAAUGUGGCUCCUUCAGAUGUAGGAGGAGGAGGGGGAAGCAACCGUGAAUUGACAAUAACGUGGGUGCCUUUGUCACGGGAAUAUCACUAUGGCAACAAUUUUGGGUACAUAGUGGCCUUCAAGCCAUUUGGUGGAAAAGAGUGGAAAAAAGUAACAGUUACUAAUCCAGACAUUGGUCGGUAUGUUCAUAAAGAUGAAACAAUGUCUCCUUCCACUGAGUUUCAAGUAAAAGUGAAAGCCUUUAACAACAAAGGAGAUGGACCAUUCAGUCUUACAGCAGUCAUUUAUUCUGCACAAGAUGCACCUAGUGAAGCUCCUACAGAUAUAAGCAUAAAAGUCCUAUCUUCUUCUGAAAUCUCUGUUUCUUGGAAACAUGUUUUAGAAAAAACAGUGGAAGGCUAUCAGAUUCGUUACUGGGCUGCACAGGAUAAGGAAGCGGCUGCACAGAGAGUUCAAGUCAGCAGUCAGGAUUAUUCUGCCAAACUGGAAAACUUGCUGCCUGAUAUGCAGUAUUCUGUGGAGGUUAGGGCCUAUAACAGUGCAGGAUAUGGGCCCCCCAGUGAUGUGGUUGAUGUCUAUACAAAGAAAGCACCCCCAAGUCAGCCUCCAAGGAUUAUUAGUUCAGUAAGGUCUGGUUCAAGAUAUAUUAUCACCUGGGAUCAUGUCAGAGCAAUGUCAAAUGAAUCUACAGUAACAGGAUAUAAAGUGCUCUACAGACCUGAUGGUGAACACGAAGGCAAGUUGUAUUCAACUCAUAAGCAUUCAAUAGAGGUCCCAAUCCCAAGAGAUGGAGAGUAUAUUGUGGAGGUUCGAGCACACAGUGAUGGAGGAGAUGGAGUGGUAUCACAAAUUAAAAUUUCAGGUGCAUCUGAAGUUUCACCUAGUCUCUUUGGCUUAUUGCUGCCUGCCUUUGGCAUCCUAGCUUUUUGGGAAUUUUGAUUGUAGCUUGAUAUCUGCUAUCAAUGCAUAGAUGUGAAUGCUCCUCAAAUCUUUAAGGACUACCGUUCUUUCUGAUUCCAGUGGCACUAUCUUAAUCCAAAUCAGUUAUACUUUUAAAAAAAUUACUCUGCUGCGUUACAGUAAAUUCAAGGACUGAGACACUUAGGAACCCCUUCAUCUAAUGAAUAUUCUUUGGGAUGUAUACAAAAUGAUUUUUUAACCUGUUACAAUAUGCCUUAUAAAACUCUUAAACUGAUCUGUGACAGUUGCAUGAUUUGGUCAAUAGAGCAAAUUAAUUGUUAACAUCCACUAAUAUAGAUUGUACAGUAAGAAUAAAAUCACCAUCCAAAGGUGCUUUAAUGACAAGUUGUGACAUAUACUAGAGACUGAAACAUAGAUUUAUGUAAUAAAUGUAAGAAUAACUUGG